CGCAUAUCAACUGUUUUUUAAAAUCAUCAUUUUACGAACGAGUAAUGAUUACGAACUCAAAUAAUGAUUUCCCCACUCAAUGAUGAUGAAUUAACAAAAGUGAUUGACAUAGGAAAAGCUGGGCAUUUGCUCGCUGGUCUUGACGUAGAGCAGUCUGGUCAGAUUAUCAUUGAGAUCAAGAAUCUCUUUUUUAGUGUCAAAGGCCAGAGUUCUAAUUGAAAUAGACAGCAAGUGAGUCGCGUCAUACAGUUUCUAGAAAUUCAAUUUAAUAAAGAUUAACAGAGAUUGAAGAAAAGAACAAUUAUAUUGUUUAUUGUGAAAUAAAUAAAGUGCAAUAAUUGAGAUUUGAUUAAAUAUUAGAAAAAUUAGAAUAAUAAAUAACACAAUGUAUAGUCUUGUUAGCAAAAUACAAAACAGUGAAUUCUGAAAACUAAACUUACUAAAGGCUGGAUUAAGUAGAGGAUCACAAAUAGCAAAAGGCUACGUUUCAGGAAAUAAAAUUUGAAGGUCUGUUGACUUUGUGACAAAGAGAAGAAACUGAAAAAAAAUACAAUGCAAAUAUCUGAAAAGGCAUGAAUGCGCAUGCUAGAUCUCAGGAAUCUUCACCAACAAAGUUUAAAGUCUGACGGUAUUGUGUUAACAAUUAUCAGAAAAUUAAAUCAUAAUUCAUAUUCUUCUCUUAAACUUGUUUUUACGUAUAUUUCAUUGUGCAAUACUUUGAAAACGUCCGUAACAUAGAGUCUACAAUAAAUGAAGAAAAAAUUUCAUCAUUCUCCAGUAUUUUAAUUUAAAAAAAGUAAAAUGAAAUUAUAUUUACAUCUGUGCGGAUUAUUAUUGACUACAGUGUGCAUUUCAAGUAAAGAAUUAAAAGAUAAAUAUGCUCUUCCAAAUAAUUUAAAACUGCAAAUGGUGAACGCCAUAUUUAGACAUGGAGAUCGAACACCACAGACAAUUUACGGCGAGUCGUAUCCGAAUGAUCCAUUUAUAAAUGAGACAUAUUUUCCUAUGGGAUAUGGAGGUAUGACAAAUAUGGGAAAAUUGAGAAGUUUUGAAUUAGGCACAUUUUUGAGGAAAAGAUAUAAUAAAUUUUUGGGAAACACUUAUAUUCCUGAAGACAUUACUGCCAGAAGUACUUACAUGGACAGGGCACAAAUGACCCUACUUCUUGUUCUAGCUGCUCUUUACCCUCCAGAUGCACUUCAAAAAUGGCAUUCCACUCUUAAUUGGCAGCCAAUACCAAUAGAUUUUAAAAAUCUUGACGACGAUGUUUUACUAUUUCCUACAAGAUGCCCUAAAUACAAGAAAAUGUUCAACGAAAUACUACAACUAGCGGAAGUAAAACAAAUUUUUGAAAAAUAUAAACCACUUUUAAAAAAUCUCACAGAAUUAACGGGAAAAAAUUUCCCGUCUCCCAUUUAUUCAUUUUCCUUUUCUAAUGUACUGAUUUCACAAAAAUCAAUGAAUUUUUCAAUUCCAAAAUGGGCUGAUGAAAUUAUGUCUAAUAAGGAUUUUCAAGAGGCUGUUGAAUUAUUUGAAAAAUUAAGAAACUACAAUGAUACAAUGAAAAAAAUGAAUGGAGGUCGACUUUUAAAGCAAAUGACAAAUGAUAUGAUUGACAAAAGGACCGGAAAAUUAAAACAAGGAAAAAAAAUUAAACUUUACAGUACUCAUGAUCUCAAUGUGUCGGGACAUCUUUAUGCUCUUGGAAUAUCGAAAUUUGAUCGUCCCUUCUUUUGCAAUACAGUUAUUUUAGAAUUGUAUAGUGAUGCCAAUGAUAAUUAUUACGUACAGAUUAUAUAUUAUCUGGGAGACUCAAAUAAGGUAAAAAUUCUAGAAAUACCAAACUGCUCUUCACCGUGUGAAUUUAGUAGAUAUCAGGAAUUAAUAAAAAAUGUUAUACCCAACGAGGAUGAAUUGGAAUGUUGUGAUAAUGGUUUAGAACAUUUUGAAAUAAUUAAAAUGAAAUUAUAUUUACAUCUGUGCGGAUUAUUAUUGACUACAGUGUGCAUUUCAAGUAAGGAAUUAGAAGACAAAUAUGCUCUUCCAAAUAAUUUAAACCUGCAAAUGGUGAAUGUCGUAUUUAGACAUGGAGAUCGAACACCAUUAACACUUAAUGGCGAGACGUAUCCAAAAGAUCCAUUUAUAAAUGAGACAUAUUUUCCCACGGGACAUGGAGCUUUGACAAAUGUGGGAAAAUUGAGAGCAUUUGAAUUAGGCAAAUUUUUGCGAGGAAGAUAUAAUGAAUUUUUGGGAAACACUUAUAUUGCUGAAGACAUUACUGCCAGAAGUACAUACAUGAAGAGGGCACAAAUGACCCUACUUCUUGUUCUAGCUGCUCUUUACCCUCCAGAUGCACUUCAAAAAUGGCAUUCCACUCUUAAUUGGCAGCCUAUACCAAUAGAUUUUAAAAAUCUUGACGACGAUGUUUUACUAUUUCCUACAAGAUGCCCUAAAUACAAGAAAAUGUUCAACGAAAUACUACAACUAGCGGAAGUGAAACGAAGUUUUGAAAAGUAUAAACCACUUAUAAACAAUCUAACAGAAUUAACGGGAAUAACUUUUCGCACUCCCCUUUAUUCAUUUCCUUUUUAUAAUCUACUGGUUUCACAAAAAUCAAUGAAUCUUUCGAUUCCAAAAUGGGCUGAGGAAAUUAUGUCUAAUAAGGAUUUUCAAGAGGCUGUUGAUUUAUUUGAAAAAUUUAGGAACUACAAUGACACAUUGAAAAAAAUGAAUGGAGGUCGACUUUUGAAGCAAAUGACAAAUGAUAUGAUUGACAAAAAGACCGGAAAAUUAAAACAAGGAAAAAAAAUUAAACUUUACAGUACUCAUGAUUAUAAUAUGUCGGGACAUCUUUAUGCUCUUGGAAUAUCAAAAUUUGAUCGUCCUUUCUUUUGCAGUGCAAUUAUUUUAGAAUUGUAUAGUGAUGCCAAUGAUAAUUAUUACGUACAGAUUGUAUAUUAUCAGGGGGACUCAAAUAAGUUAAAAAUUCUAGAAAUACCAAACUGCUCUUCAUUGUGUGAAUUUAGUAGAUAUCUGGAAUUAAUAAAAAAUGUUAUACCCAAUGAGGAUGAAUUGGAAUGUUGUGAUAAUGGUUUAGAACAUUGUUCUUUAGCUUGAAUGAAGGAUUUGAAAAAUAUUAAUAUUGUAUUGUAAUCAAAUUGUAGACGGAGAAAAUUUAUUCUUGUUAUAUUUUACUUAAUGUUUCUAUAAAGUUUAUAUUAUUUUAAUUCAGUGAUUAAGGGAUAAAAUGUAAUCUGAUAUUUUAAUUUCUUAUAAGUUAGUACUGUAAAAGAUUUAGAAAAAAGUUUAAAAGAUUUAGAUAUUAAGUUAUAAAUUUUAGGAAAUGUUUCUUAUUGUCCAGAUCUUUUUAUUAGAUCUUUAACGAACUAACUGCUUUCUGCGAAAGUCUCCUAAGUCUGUUUUCUAACUUAUCGGUUUUUUGUGACAAAAUCUUAAGGGAAAAAUUUUAUGAAAACAAAGAAGACUUUCUGAAGCAUUAAAAAUUUGAAACGCAAUAAAAAUUAACCUUCUAAUGA